AUGAAGUGGCAUCUGAUCGUUGGGUUGCUGGUGGCUUCACUGCUUCAUGAAGCUCUUGCCAGUCGCCAGUUUUUCAAAUUUGGCAAGGAUAAGUCGAGAUCCAGAAGUCCAAGUCCUAGGAAUGAUCCAGCAAAUCGUCGACCUACAAGUAACGCAGUGGUGCCCUACAACCCUCCGAAUUCUCAAUUUUCCAGCAGAACUCCAACUCCAAUUGGACCGACUCCUUUUCGACCUUUGCCAUUGCCAACUCCGUCAUACUUACCAAGAAAUCGUUCGCCUUUACCUCCUCCAAGAGGCGAUCGGUUUGAGCGACUUGGUAAUGUCAGACCAACGCCAGCAGCUGGAACCUCUAAGAGUAAAACGUCAGGAAUUGGAACCUUGAAGAAAAACAAACCAGAAACUGGAACGUUAAGGCCUCCAAUUCGUUUGGUUCCUUCUAUCUCUUCUGGGUCUAGGCGUUCAAAUCCUCUACCAAGCCUUCAGCAGCUGAGUCAUCAAAUGCCUUCGACAUCUAGCCAUCCACAACCUUCAACAUCUAGCCAUCCGCAACCUUCAACAUCUAGCCAUCCGCAACCUUCAACAUCUAGCCAUCCGCAACCUUCAACAUCAACCCAUCCGCAACCAAUUUCCAACCAUCCACAACAUUCAUCAUCAACCAAUCCACAACCAUCAGCAUCCAGCAAUUCUGGACCACUACCAAGCAACCCUUCCAAUUUCCAACCACCAGUUCCAGGUUCUCUAAUUCAAGCUAGCUUAGAUCCUGCUGCGCAGAAACAGUUAGCCCGCCAGCAAGCCAAAUUAGCCAAGAACCAGAUCAAGACUGGAAGGAUCGUCAAGAACAAAGCAAAGGUGAACCAGGCUGCCCAGGUGACUACUAUUGAAGGGACAAAGUAUCCUAAUAGAGCAGCGGUCAAGUGCAGUGAUCCUAAUGCUCCACCUCAGAGUUGCUUCGAUUUCUACGUACUGUCAGUUUCCUGGGGGCCCGUCGCCCGGGUGGUAAGAUCAGGCGCUUCGGAACAUAUCACAGAAAAAAUCCAAUCAAAAUGGACCUUGCAUGGACUAUGGCCUUCCUUGCAGAACUUCAAUCGUGUUCCAGCAAGUUGUAAUCUAGAUAUACCCUGGAAUACUGCGCAAUUGAGGUCCAUUUAUACUUCGAUGAAGAGGAAAUGGUUUACUACGUACACCAGGUACAGAGUUGAUGAACAAUUCUGGCAGCACGAGUGGGACAAACAUGGCCGCUGUGCAGCGAGGUCUCACUUUAUCAACAGAGAUAUUCUUGCCUACUUUAAAUUAGGCUUAAGGCUUUUUGAUCAGGCCAAUGUUCAGGAAAAACUCAGGAGGGCUGGCAUCACUGCUGGUACCACGUUGUCUAUUAGGGAAAUGCGGAAUGCUGUUUCUAAUGCUCUGGGCACUCGGGUUAACCUUCUGCAUAUUAAUUAUCCGGUAAAUAUGUUACUUAUGCUCAUUUUUAAAUUUAAAGCUUCUAGAUUUGGCUUUUUGGUUCAAAAUUUUCCAUUUCGAUCAUUUUUCCGUCCCAACAAUUCGGAUUUAUGA